CGAAGAAGUUUUAAUAAAUGAAGAUUUAAAUAAUUUCUAGAAUUCUUCUUAGAUUAAAGUUGUGGGAAGAAUUUCCUGUUUAGAAAAAGGCUUUUCAAAUGAAACAAAUUUAAUUCUUGAAAUUGACUCAAAAAACUACUUCCAUUUAAAUUUUGAAAACGAAUAUUUUAAAUAGGAAAAUAUUUUCAUUUUCCCAAACUAAAUCUUAAUGUUAGAAGGUUUUUUAGAAAAUAAUAGAAAAUACCUAAAUGUAACCGAAGUUCACCCUUAUAUUUGGAAAAAUAUAACUUUCUAAGAAAAUCAAGAACAAAUUUUUGAUAACUAUCGAAAAAUUAUUAUCUCCACUGGACCUUUUUCUCCUAAAAGUACCUUUAAUUUUAACGCUUUUGAUCUCCUUUUAAAAAAAGCCAAAGAAAUAAAGGUUUCAGCCCUUAUCUUGCUAGGUCCUUUCCUUGAUAUAGAAAAUCAAGUGGUAAAAACAUCCGAUUUAGGUGCUGAUUUAUCCUUCGAACAACUCCAAAACUCCCUCUUUGAGCGUGCAGCAACCUCAUUAGGUCCUAAUGUUCAAAUAAUAGUAAUCCCGAGUACUAAAGACGUUCUUUCGUUUGAAAAUAUACCCUAAUAACCACUUGAAAUUCAAAUAUCAAGCAAUUAUUAAUAAAACAUAAAAAGUUUUUCAAAUCCAGCUUAUUUUGAAAUGGAUGAACUUUCUUUUUAUAUAGGAAAUUCGGAUAUUGCAUUAAAUACGUAUAUGGGAUCUUUUUCUAAAAAUAAAAAAAACUAAAAUCCUAUAUAGUAAAUACCUAAUGUUUUCGAGAGUAUUUUUUCACAAAAAAACCUUUAUUCAAUGUAUCCAUUUUUAGACUAAAAAGACCCCAAAAAAAUUACUGAAAAUAUAAAUUUGGAAAAAAUAGGAAAUUUCGAUGUUAAUUUUGACGUUGAAAAUGAGGAUUUCCCAAAAAUAGUUAUUUCUCCGUCUAAUUUGCCUUGUUUUGCCCAAAAAAUCAAUGAUACAGUAGUAAUUAAUCCCGGAUAUGUCAUAAAAUAAGAAACCAAAGGCAAUUUUGCAGUAUUGACGCAUUUUGAAUGCAAUAAUAAUAUCAGAAUAAGCCAAAAAAUAAAAAUUGAUUUUUAUACUUUAUGA